GACCGCAUAAUGAGUAAAUGCUUUCUCAGGCAGUUCUCCGAGUUUGAUAAGGAUAAGAUUUUGUCAGCAUACAAGCAGACCAGCAAGUUUGAAUACACAAGGGAUGUGGAUUUCAGUACGGUAAUAGAUCUUGCAGAGAAGACAGUGGUCACCGAGAGGCUAGCCCUGCUUAAGGAAGGGGAGGUCAUAGACCUGACCGGUAAAACAGGAGAUAAGGUCAAGAAAGGGAUAGAAAGCUUGCACGCGCGGGUGCAUGGGGUCGACAAUAAGAUAUAAAGAGUGGAAAACGCGCUAUUAGUGAUGCAGGUGCAGGUGUCCCGACCCGCCCUCCCGCCCCAAGAGGCCGUAAUACCGGCAACCGUAGCCAAUCGGGGUAUCCCCAGUAGGGACCCGACCAAUGAACAAUGCAGAUAUUGUACAAUGGUCGGGCAUUUCGUGAGGACCUAUCCGAGACUUAACCACGACAUCAUUAGACAGAGGUGGAGUAGGUCCCUCAAAGGUGAGAUUCUCGGACCUCAGGGAGAGCACGUAAACUGGAAUUCGCCAGGAGGAAUAAAGCGUGUCAUCCUCCUCCUGAAUAAUUUGGAUAUAGCUGUCGUAGAAGCAGAGCCGGUAGCUGAGCUUGUCUGGGACCAACCAAGGGGGCGCGGGCCCCAGGUCAACUUCAUCCUGGAAGGUAAUGGGCAGGAUAGGGUAAAUAUUACUACCCGACAGGCCGGCGAGGAAAAGAAGCUCAUCGGAGACACAGUAAUGGAAAAAGCCGCGGGGGCUAGAGCAGAUCUGGAAGAAGCCGAGGCCGGGGAACAGGAGAAGGUUUAUGGAAAAAUGAGGGAAGAGGAACCGGUAGAUAAAGCCACGGCGACAAAGAAGAAGUUCAGGUACCAGAUCCCGAUUCUGACGCUGCCCGAAUUAGAUGACACUCUGAGCAAACUCCUGGGCACCAUGGUAUCGAUAUCCUUCCAGACCGUGCUGCAGGCAAGCCCGAGACUGCUCAAGGGCCUCAGACAGCUAUUGACGCGUAAACGUGUAGAAGUAGAGGAGGCUCCGGAACCACAGGAACAAGGACCCGAGGAGGCCGAGGCGCCGCAAGGAGUCUCUAACCUUCAAAGUAUUCCAGGGGGCCUAGAAGAUUUGGAAAAAGCCUUUGCUGAUAUUCGACUGAAUAUGUCGGACCGAGAAGGUGGCGAAGUCAUGAGAGUGCCGCCUGACACUAAACUUAGCUUCCACGCACUGCCUGUAGGAAAACUUAAAGUCCAGCUGGACGUAAUUCAGGCAAUGCAUGAUGGGCUAGCUGGAGGUCACCGGUCGUCAAAGGGGACACUUGCAAAGAUCGUGCCCCUGUAUUUCUGGCCAGGAAUGACAGGCAUGGUCGCAACGUAUUGUCAGACGUGUCUGAUAUGUCAAGAGAGGAGCUCCGCACGAGUUUACGAACCCCUUAGACCCACUCGGGUACUGGGACCCGGGCACCUUGUUCACCUCGAUCUUGCGGUUAUGCCCGUAUCAACGGAUGGGUUUCGAUACAUCUUGGAUGCAAGGGACAACCUCAGUGGCUACGUAGAGGCCGUAGCUCUCAAGAGGAAGACAGGGAAAGCAGUGGCCGAUCGGGUGGAAGACUUCUACCUAAGACACCCCUUCGUGCGCAGGUUUAUAGCAGAUAAUGGGACAGAAUUCGUUAACCAGGAGGUGUUGAACAGGCUUAAGAUAUUGUGCGUACCAAUCAAGAUUACUGAGCCCUACCAUCCUGAGGCAAAUGCACUAGUAGAAAGGGGCCACCGGACCUUGAAGAACACAAUCGCAAAGUUGGCAGUAGACGACUUGGGAAAUUCGCCGCGGUAUCUUAGGCAGGCAGUCUUUUCCGAGAACGUGACACCAAAGAGAACCACGGGUUGCAUCCCAGUGGAACUCUGGUAUGGAAGAGAGAUUGACUUUCCGGUGGAGGCCCUGGUCCCUCCCUGGAACAGACUAGACGACGAUCCGCACUUGACUACAGAAGAGUUAAUCACUGCACGUUGCCAGCAGGUCGCCAAAAAUGAUGAGGCGUUGGACGAAGUAGUUAACUGUGUGAUGGAUAGUCGAAUGAGGGACAAAGCAAGGCCUACUGGGGAACAACCAUCAAGGCAGGCUGGGGAAUCGAGCUCCAGGAAAAGGAAAUUGUAUGUGGGGUUUGAUCACAAUCUGGUUGUGAAUAGAGGGGGCAGAAAACAAGGGAUCGGAGAACCGUUGCCACUGAGAGAAGGGGAACCGAUAGUCCUCCCCUCUGAAAGCGACACCAGCAGUGAGGAGGAGAGGAACCCGGGGAAAAGGCAAAGGUCGGAGGAGAAGGAGCCCAUUGAGGUCAUAGACCUCAGCAGUGAGGAGGAAGAGGAUGAGGUGACGACACCCACAAGGGAAGAACGAGGAAGAGAGGAGGAUUCAAGGAAAGAAAAGGACAAAUGGAUAGCAGAAUUUGGACCUACCUUCAGCGACUGGUUCGAUCAAUGGGCUGCCAUUCUGCGAUAUGAAUGGGCAAUGAAGGGGAAGGAAAAGUUGAGCAGGGGAGAAGACAUAUCCCCAACAACCUUCUUCUCGGAAGGAACGCUCCUCCAACUGCAGGCAAUAAAGAGACAAAUGCAGCAAGAAAUGGAGGACCGUGCAAGGGGGGAGGCUAGGCGCAGGGCAACCGGACAAUAAAAGGGUGGUAGGCAUAAUGGCUUAACUAGAAAUUGGGGGAGGGAUGGUACCUGGGCAGUCGGAACUGCCAUUCUGAACUUCGCACUUGAGCUCCUUUUUGAAUGGAUUGAGAUGGGAUAACUUUCUAAGCUCGAGAUGACUAAGGACUGGGCAAUCAGUGCUACUUUGUACGAGUGGCUGCUACUUUAGGGAAGGGCACGAGAGUUUUUUGUGCACUUAGGAUAGAACUGUGGAUGGCUGGGUUGGCUAAGGGAAAGGCAAGGGGAAAACAGAGGGAUCUAGUUGAGACGAGUCUGUAAUGUUGUCUUUGCAUUCGAACUUUGUCUCUUCAUUUUUUUUGGAAGGACUGCGAUGUAACUACUUUGAUUGGGGAAGGCUAGUAAAGAAUAGUAACCAGC